UUAUCAUACUGCAUUAUUGAUAAACAAUGUCUAAUGAAACAAAGCAACGAAACUACAUUAAUUUAGUUGGCUUCGAGUCCAAGACUUUAAAUGAUUCGAAGUUACCCGUGAAUCGUGAUAUUUUAUGUUUAUUUUACUAUCAACAUCGCACGGAAAAAUUAAUUAUUCGUGAAGGUGCAAAAUUUGUUUUAAACGACGUCACCCAUGUGUGGAAUAAGUUUACGUUACCCGCAAUCAAUUCACAUCGUUCAAUUUUAAAAAUUGAAAAAUUAUAUAAAGAUUGGCUAAAAACUCAGAUCAAUAAGUCUCGAAAAAAAUCUCCAGCACAGAUUUCACUCGAAAAAGUUUUUGUUGAGUCUCUCGAUAAUUUGUUUGACAUUGCUCCUCAAAAUGUCUUACAGACGUUGAACUCACCACAAAAAAGAGUUUACAUUGACAAUCGGGAAAUUCUGAAGAGUAGCCAGUUGAGAAUUUCAAACAAUGUUCAAGAGGUAAAGAGUACAUCAUCUAUUUAUCUGGAAGAAAACGCGAAUGUCGUUAAAAUGAAAAGUACUGAUACAGCUUCAAACACUGAUAUAAUUGAUAUGACAGCAAUGGAUAGAGCAAAUGUGAGCAGUAAACAAGCGAUAUUGCUGUAA